UCUGAAGAUAAUUAGUAGGUAGCUGAAUCAAACCUCAGCUACGGUCUUACAGAGUCCCAAAUGGAAGUAAACUCCUCGAAACGAUAUUGAAUCUUACUAGAAAAUUGCUAUAUAUACGCUCCCUGUCUAGAUCAUAUACCCAAGAGUAUUAUUCUACCAUUCACACCUUCCAGAUAAAGAUGUGCAGGAUAGCCUUACUGACCUUUCUUGAAACUCUGAUUGCCUACCAAGGUAAUAUCAUAUAAGUACGUCUUAUUAUUGGCAAAAAUCGUAUAGGCUAUUGAAUGUUAUCGCCGUCUCCAAUGAUUCACAAAGAUUACCAUCUACGUCUCUAAUCAGCACAACGACAUUACCAGAUUUCCCAAUCUCAGUAAUAUUCCCAUCUGAACGGUCCUCGACAUGUUACAGCAUCAACAUCUGUAAUGGCGAUCGAAAAGGUGAUAAAGUUACCCAAGAUUAGAACUUCGUCAAAUCCAUUCCAAGGAUCCUCAUUACUGAAAUUCUAUGCCGCUUUCUUUCUUGGCACAUUCAUCCUCUCGAUCUGGCAUUAUGGUAUCCCAUUCCACCUACUAUCUCCCGUCAACCUCGAGUUAAAUAAUCCACCUUCAACUAUCGCAAAAGCUACCUGGCGAUGGUCAGAUGUACGUACACGACCUCCCCAUUCUCUAACUCUCAUACACCGGUACUUAUCUCUACUACCAGGCCAAGCCAAGCCAAGAUCUCAUCUGGCACUCAUGCUACGAUACCUUCCAAUGCGCUCGUCUCUCCUUACCACUAGACUGGCUCAAUACCUCCAACCCCUCUAAAAUCACCUUAGCAAUCAUCAGACUCCCCGCCACAAACCUCACCGACUAUCGUGGGCCAGUCUUCACCAAUCCAGGAGGACCAGGCGGCUCAGGUAUUUAUUCCCUUCGAGAAAAUGGACAUAAUCUCCAGAAAAUCGUCGGCAGAAACCACGAUAUCAUAAGUUUUGAUCCGCGAGGAGUAGGUGCCUCCACCCCUCUCAUAAACUGUUGGGCCUCGAAACAAACUUCCCAAGUCUGGAAAUUAGGUGAUGUGGGAUUAGUGGAUUCGCACCCGGGGGUGUUGUAUGAUGCGUAUGCAAGAGCGAGUGCUCUGUCGCAUGCAUGCCAGGAGAAUAUGCAUCGAGAAGCAGAAGCUAGGGGAGAGGAAUCAUUGUUGCGGUUUGUGAGUACGACGAGUGUGGCACGUGAUAUGCUUGAGAUUAUGGAGAAGAGUGGGACGGAGAAGAUGAGAUAUUGGGGUUUUAGUUAUGGGACUUUUCUGGGGGGUGUAUUUGCUGCCAUGUAUCCGGAUAGGGUGGAGAGAAUGGUUAGUGAUGGUAUGUAUUUAGUAUUUUAUUGUGUUCUGAAAUUGCGAUGUAGAUUUGUGACAGUAUUCUAUUAAUGCUAAACUUAAUAUAGGCAAUGUAGAUUACAUCGAAUGGUCAACCAACAGCCAUGCAUCUUUCCUUCACGACUCCGAUAAAAUAAUGGAAGCAUUCUACCACUACUGCCACGCAUCCGGGCCCAAAAACUGCGCAUUUUACUCACCCACCCCCUCGCAAAUCACCACCCGUCUAGAAAAUCUCCUCACCACCCUAAAAACCCACCCCAUAAUCGUCCCUCCAUCAGACUCCACCCUCCUCCCCGAAAUAAUAACAUACACCUCCCUCAAACGCCUUAUCUCAGCCACACUCUACCGACCCAUGCUCCUCUUCCCCACUCUAGCAAACGUUCUCCUCUCCCUUGAAACAGGCGACGGAAUCCCCUUUCUCAAUUUUAUCUCUACAUUCAGUUUACGCGAGCCGUUUACCUGCGAAUGUGAUGUUUGCAAUAAUGGAAUUUUAACACCAGAAGAAGAAGAAAAAGAAGUGGAAGGAACGGAUGAUGCUAUGGCUGCUAUUAUGUGUUCUGAUGGGGGAAUCAUGAAUGAAACUGUUUCGGAAUUUAAAGUUUAUGCGGAUACAAUUAUGAAAGGGGCAUUGAUGACUGGUGCUGCGAAUGUAGAGGUUAGAAUGUCGUGUGUGGGAUGGAAUGUAGUGCCUAAGUGGAGAUAUACAGGUACCUUGUUUCCCAUCUCUCCCCAUCUAUACAUCACAUCAUCCCCCUCACUCCACCUUCCCCCCUCUCUCAAACCUCCCGAAGUACUUCCAAGUACCCCCCAAUACUAACCUACACCCCGCCUCUAGGACCCUUCACAUCCACCCCCACCCACCCAAUCCUCUACAUCGCCAACCUAGCCGACAACGUUACACCGCUCCGCAGCGCCCUCUCCAACGCCAGAAACUUCCCCAACUCUAGAAUAUUAAUCCAGAAUUCAUUCGGUCAUACGAGUUUAGCUGCGCCGUCAAUAUGUACUGCGAAGAUUAUUCGGGCGUAUUUUCAAGAGGGCUUGUUGCCGGAGAAAGGGAUGGUUUGUGGCGGGAGGGGCGGUUGUUUGGUGGGAGGGAGGGAUUGGGGUGGUGGGGAUGAAGUUGGGACGUGGGAUGGGAAAGGGGAGGGAGGUAAACGAGAGGAGGAAGAAGAACUAGAUAAGGAACUUAAAGAAGCAGGAUGGGGUUUAAUGCUAACUGUUGAUUUCUCUCGGAGUAGAUUUUUUUAAAUAGAAAGAAAUUUGAGAUUUUUAAAAAAAAAUGAAAAAAUAUCCACUAGUGUAUCUUUAUUUAUAUC